UCGAACGCGGUUUUGUGGUGGAACCCUUUUUUCAACAUUCUCCAAUUUAAUAUAGGUAGCCCUCAAAUUGGCUACAACUUGCAAGGGUGGUUUGGCCAUUCCUGGAAAUGAGUUCCCGGAACUGGAAGAAGUUUGAGGAAUUCCAAACAUGGGCUCUGAAGAGAUAGAUUAGUGGCUGCUUUCUCAGCGUAUUUUCUUCUUAAGCAGUAAAGAGCUAUCUUCUUAGAUAAGAAGGAAUGGGUUUAUGGAGAGAAAACAUUAACUGUACUUCCUGCCUUUUACAGUGCCAAAAUGAGAGUGCUUAUAUACGGACACUGGGCCUCAUUCCAUGAAUUCUUUCAGAGAUUACUUUCCCUUUACAAGUGCUUCAAAUAGCAAAUUGAAGACUAAAUUCUGCAUUUGAAACAUGUGUCCUAACAGGAUGGACCAGAUGGCUAACAAUAUUAACCAGGCAUUUUGAUUUUUUUUCUUUUUUUAAGAUAAUGAUAUUCCCAGAAGGAACCUGUACUAAUCGAUCCUGCCUAAUUACAUUCAAACCUGGAGCGUUUAUCCCUGGAGUACCUGUGCAACCAGUGAUCUUACGUUAUCCAAACAAGCUGGAUACGAUUACAUGGACAUGGCAAGGUCCAGGAGCGUUGACAAUUCUGUGGCUUACCUUAUGUCAGUUUCAUAACUUCGUGGAAAUAGAGUUCCUACCUGUUUAUAUACCUUCUGAAGAGGAAAAGAAAAACCCAUCUUUAUAUGCGAACAAUGUGAGGCGUGUAAUGGCAGAGGCUUUAGGAAUUUCAAUAACAGACUAUACUUUUGAAGAUUGCCAGCUGGCUUUGGCCGAAGGACAGCUCCAACUCCCAUCAAAUACCUGUCUCUUAGAAUUUGCAAAACUUGUAAGAAAUCUUGGGUUAAAGCCAGAAAAACUUGAAAAAGAACUUGAUGCAUACUCAGAAAGAGCUAGGAAACUGAAAAACAAAAAAGUCACUCUCAAGGAAUUUGCAGAGUAUUUGAAAAUCCAAGUUUCAGAUAUGUUAGAAAAUAUGUUUGCACUUUUUGAAGAGAUGAUUUCCUUUAUUUUACUGAAAUGUUCCCAAACUUCGCUGAAGAGUACCUCUAUCCUGAUCAAAUGGAGUCUAAAAGUUAUUUGGAAACCCCUGCUCCUAAUGGAUUCUGUGCAGAUUUCAGCCCGCAAAUUACUGAAAAUAGAAGAAAUUCCCUACAGAAAAAAAUGAAUUAAUAUUAAUAAUUCCGUCAUCCUCUUGUGGUGAGAGGAGUAUGUCCUAUCUAGGGCUUUUCAUAGUCACGCAACUAUAUAUCCUGAAGUAUGUGAGAAGGCUGGAUGUGUGGAUGUGUGAGAAAGAAAUAGAGAGAGAAAGAAAGGAAAGAAAGGAAAGAAAGAAAGAAAGAAAGAAAGAAAGAAAGAAAGAAAGAAAGAAAGAAAGAAAGGCGUGUAUGAAUAUUUUACUGCAUUAAUGAGCAUCUUUGGCUUCCUAUUGGAAAGAUCACUUUUUCCAUCAGCAACUUGGAAAGUAAAGAAUGUAAACAAACUUUAAUUUGUAUACUUAAAAACAAGAUGCUUGCAUAUUUAUAUUCAUUGUUUGAGUUCAUGUACAAACUGUCCUACAAAGUGUGCAUGUGAAAAAAAAAAUACUGUAGCUCCUAUGGUGUCAAGUGCACUUCGGUGAUUAGUGUUAUCCCUAUUUAGGGAAUUCUUUGUCGGCCAGAUUCUGCUUUCCUUUUUUACGAGGCAACAUUGAUUGACCGCAAGCUCAAGUUUCACCUUUUUCAUUGUAAUCUAGUAGGUAGCUAAAGGGGGGGGGGGGGAAGUAUGCAAAAAUAUUUUUACCUAGGGAAUUGUUUUUAUUGUGUUUCCUAGUAAAAUGACCUUUUUUGAACUUUUAAAUCCAUCUUGAUAUCGAAAAGAAUAAGGGGAGUUAUCAAGGAUUGUGUGCAUUUUGUGCUAAAAGCCCAGAUUUUUAGCACAGAAAGGCAGAUUUUAUACUUCAGAAAAGCUGAAUUCCAAAGUCCCUCUCUCAAUCCUAUGAAUUAGAUAAUAUUUCUGUAUUUCACGUUGAUUGGCUUAUGGGUAAAAGGAAGGUGAACAAAUGCAAAAAAAAAAAAAAAAUGGAUGCAGACCUAAGAAACACUGCCUCU